AUGGGCUCUUUGAUCGACGACAAGAUCCCAACCCAACCAGAGCCGGAGCCGAUCGCCACUGGCUGGCAAGAGCAGCCCAGUCUGGUUUCUCUGUGGGCAAAAGAGCCGUACCGGGCUCCUUCCCAAGUCGAUUUCAAAGGACUGUCGACGCUGGUUGCCGCGGAGCAGGAGGCUACCGAGGAUCACAUUUGGGCCUUGAGGGAGGACGCUGGCUAUUUUGCCGAUGGAAAGCCUAGGUUGGAUCUGUCGGAUCGUGCGAACCGACAGAUUGUGCGGAGGAAGGCGAUCGUGGGCGUCGUCAAACAAGCAUAUGGGGAUCUUCUCUUGUGGCUCGGUCUCCGCAAACUGCUCACGGAUUUGGACGGGGUCAUAGACCCACAAAAUCUACGUCUUCUGACUCUUCUAUUUACACUCCGGCGUUUCAGCGACCUCAAAGUCAACGCCUUGAAGGUUGGUGUUCCGGCUUCCUCACCGCUCCGUUCUGGCUUUGCCCGCGAUAUGCGGGACAGUACCGAGAUGCUAGGAUGGAAAUAUCCAAAGGGCGAGCCCUACGAUCAUCUGAUCUUUCUCUUUCAGCAAAUGUGGACGGAAGACGGACGUGAGAAGCUUGGGUUAUCAAAUCUUGUGGACGAAUUGGGUCGGAUGAUCGAGACGGACCGCAGAGAGAAAGCCAGGCUGUCGACUUGGGCGUUGAAACAUGUCACCGAUCUCGGCGUCCUUGUGCACACCACACGCGUGAUCGGUCGCUACGAUGAGUGGUCGUACUUCCGUAGCGACGAAGAUUGCCACGGAUCGUUCUGA